AUGCCCACCUGGCUCGUUCACGGUUUUCGAUGGCCGCGUGCACAGAUUCGCAUUCACAUUAUUCUGCAGAACCUCGACGAUGCCGCUCCAGAAUGGCUCAUGGCCCCUGCUACUGCGGCCUGUAUGAUGCAAAACUUCAAGGAGCAAUGGCCAGAACAGAUGGCCCAGCUGCCUGAUCUACGCUUCAUCGAGCAAUACGAUCCCGAAGAUCUCACCGUCAAGGAUCAGCCGUACGCAUAUGUGUGCGAUAUUGUGCACGAGAUCAAGCUGGGCGUCGACGUGGAAGAGAUGAGGGGAGCUGGGCUGGGAGAUGACCAGUGGGCAGCCAUUGCAGAAUUGAGGGACAAGGUUGCACCGGGAGAAAAAUUAGGUUGGUUCGUAGUGGUCAACGGAGAUGUCGAGAGGUGGGCGCCGCCGCUGGAGGAAGACGACGACAUAACCCCAGACGCCAGCGCCGUUAGUGCGUCAAGUCACAGGAGUAGCAUGGCACAAUCCGACACCGCACGCACCAAAGAACCGGAGCGACCGUCCUCGAGUAGGAGUUUCAAGAAGUGGUUCGGAGGGAAAUUGAGGAAAACGAAGAGCGGAAGGAAUUUGAGAGGGGAUACCACGCCAGAAGAGCCAGUUCCCCCAUUGCCACCAAUCUCACCCCGAUACGCUCUUCAAUCUUCGCACGGGAAGGCAUCUGCGUAG